AUGUACUAUGUUGCUAAUCGAUUCGAUUCAGACGCCGCCUGUACGGAAUUUCAACUAGGUACCGGAAGAAAGCAUUCGUGCACGAUAAUCGCGAUUGGCGAAGUUGCUAAAAAUCGGCGCCGGGAGCGGAAAAUCCGGGCAGCGGUAGUGGUGGCGGAACGGCAGGGGUACUAUGGGAGCGGGGGUAUGGGGGGCGGAGGAGGGCUACAAGCCACGGACCUCCGGCGAAGGCUCGAGUCCCGGUGUUCAGGAAGCACUCUUCCCCAGAGCCCUCGUUUCUUAAGGCACGAUGGGAAGGCCUGCGAUCAGGAAGAAAGGGUUGACUUACAAGCGACCCUCGCCUCCGGUCAGCCGACGUGUACAGGUUCCCGGCCGUGCAGACGUCAGGUGGACAGAAGAAGAGAAGAGAAUGGACACGAGAAACGUGUGAGGCGUUCCAAUGGUGGUGGUGGCGGCCUACUCGGUUCGCUGUACGGAAAGCUGCGACUCUCGGUCGGGAGAUUUCUCGGCAACAAAGCUGCGGAGGAGGGUGAAGAACGAGGAAAUGGGAGGCGGCAUCGGCUUCGAUGGUGUCGCAGGGACUUCCGGUGGAUCGCGGAUGCGGCGACGAGGACGCUGCUCCUCGGCAUCGUGCUUUUCGUCACGCCAGGUUAG